CACUGUUGGAUGAUGGCUCCACAACUACAACCUCUAGCACGCAGUGAUUCUAAGACCAAAUUUUACCAACGGCUUGGACUGUCUUCCCAGAAAAGUUCUGACAAUCGUCUCUAUGAUUUGAUGAAAGACGAGGCAAUUGUAGGACGAGAACGAAUCCUGAGCAGUCCAGACAGUUUGUUGCCCCAGUUGAGAGGUGAUCCUAAUGCAAGUGUACUACCACCGUAUUCAAACGUUCAGAUUUGUGAAUCGGCAGUUCACAAUGAGAUCUUGAGAAUCUAUCGCGAGGCAAGCCCCGAGACCAAGUCCAUAUAUGAGAAGGGACACGAUUUUGAGAGUUUCAAUGAAGAGAACUGGAUUGUACGAUGGAUGCUGUGUAAGCCUAAGCGAUGCAAGAAGAAUGAGCUUGGCGGCUGA